AGAGGAACAAAAAAAUCUAAAAGGAAACAAGUGAAGCAGCGACGAGGAUGGAGAUAGUAGAGAAAGUGGCUCUUCCUCUGCUCCUCCCAAACCCACCAUUAAAACACAAUUGUGUGGCCUCAGCCUCAGCCUCAGCGCCCUCAGUGAGCACUCUUAUCCAUGAUCUCAAUUCGAAUUCGAAUUCACAGUCCCGGCAGCGCGUGAGCCUGGGCAGGUCCUCCGACCCCAACCGCGGCAAGGCAUGGUCUCCUCACCGGCUCUCUCCUCGAGGUCAGCAUAUUCUCCACACCUUAACCUUAACUCAUUCCAAUCCAACCUUUGACUUAGACCAUAUUCUGCGUCCUCUUUUCGACCUUCCCAAUCCCUCUUCCGAUAUUUUGGAGAUAAUCAAGGCCCUAGGGUUCAACAACCAAUGCGACCUCGCCCUCGCCGUCUUCCACUGCCUUCGAACCACCCACUCCUCUCAUUCCACCACUUCUGCAAUCCCCGUCAUCAUCAAAAUCCUCGCCAAGGCUGGGCGCGUCUCCUCCGCCGCCUCCCUGCUUCUCGCUCUCCAAAACGACGGCGUCCAGAUUGACGUCUACGCCUACACUUGCAUGAUUAGCGCCUACUCCAGUAGCGGCCGCUACAGGGACGCCGUCAACCUCUUCAACAAGAUGCAAGAAGACGGCUGCGCCCCCACUCUCAUCACCUACAACGUCGUUUUUAACGUUUACGGCAAAAUGGGCAUGCCCUGGUCUAACGUUACUGCUCUCCUUCAUGCCAUGACCUCGCGUGGGGUUGCCCCUGAUUUGUAUACUUACAAUACGCUUAUAAGUUGCUGCCGCCGCGGUUCUCUCUACGAAGAAGCUGUUCAAUUGUUUCAGGACAUCAAGUUGGCUGGUUUUACGCCUGACAAGGUUACCUACAAUGCCUUAUUGGAUGUUUUUGGCAAGUCUAGACGCCCCAAGGAGGCUAUGCAGGUUCUCCGAGAGAUGGAAGCCAAUGGCUUUUCUCCCACCAGUGUAACUUACAAUUCCUUGAUUUCGGCUUAUGCUAAGGGUGGCUUGUUGGAGGAGGCUUUGGAGCUUAAAUCCCAAAUGGUGGAGAAAGGGAUUAAGCCUGAUGUCUUUACCUACACCACCCUUAUGUCUGGAUUUGAGAAGGCCGGGAAAGAUGACUUUGCCAUUCAAGUUUUUCAAGAAAUGAGAGAGGUGGGAUGCAAACCUAAUAUUUGCACCUUCAAUGCCCUCAUUAAGAUGUACGGCAACCGGGGAAAGUUUGUGGAAAUGAUGAAAGUCUUUGAUGAGAUCAGGGUGUGCAAUUGCUCCCCUGAUAUUGUUACUUGGAACACUCUUUUGGCUGUUUUUGGACAGAAUGGAAUGCACUCCCAAGUGUCUGGAAUAUUUAAAGAAAUGAAGAGAGCAGGGUUUGUCCCUGAGAGGGACACUUUCAACACUCUAAUUAGUGCCUACAGCAGGUGUGGCUCCUUUGACCAGGCAAUGGCUGUUUACAAGAGCAUGCUUGAAGCUGGAGUGGUGCCCGAUCUUUCUACCUAUAACGCUGUUUUGGCAGCAUUGGCUCGAGGAGGCCUUUGGGAACAAGCUGAGAAAGUCCUUGCUGAGAUGAAGGAUGGUCGGUGUAAACCUAAUGAGCUCUCGUAUUCUUCUUUGCUUCAUGCUUAUGCCAAUGGCAAGGAGAUUGAAAGGAUGAAUGCUUUUGCCGAGGAGAUAUACUCUGGUUCUAUUGAAACUCGUGCUGUUCUUUUGAAGACCCUUGUUCUAGUUAACAGCAAGAGUGAUCUGCUGAUGGAAACAGAACGUGCCUUUUUGGAGUUGAGGAAGAGAGGAAUUUCGCCUGACAUAAUUACUCUGAAUGCAAUGCUUUCGAUAUAUGGGAGGAAGCAGAUGGUGGCCAAAGCCAACGAGAUUUUGAACUUCAUGCACGAGAGAGGAUUUACUCCGAGUUUGACUACAUAUAAUAGCUUGAUGUAUAUGUACAGCCGUUCUGAAAACUUCCAAAAAUCUGAAGAAAUCUUGAGGGAAGCUCUGGAGAAAGGUAUGAAACCUGAUAGGAUUUCAUACAAUACUGUUAUUUAUGCGUAUUGCAGAAAUGGUAGGAUGAAGGAGGCUUCGCGGAUAUUUUCCGAAAUGAAAGAUUCUGCACUUGUUCCGGAUGUUGUAACUUACAACACAUUUAUUGCAACAUAUGCUGCUGACACAAUGUUUGCCGAGGCUAUUGAUGUAGUUCAGUACAUGAUCAAGCGGGGAUGUAAGCCAGACCAGAAUACUUACAACUCCAUUGUUGAUUGGUAUUGUAAGCUCAACCAGCGGGAUGAGGCCAUCAGUUUUGUUAAAAACCUUGGUAAUCUUGACCCGCAUGUUUCCAAGGACGAAGAAAGUAGGUUACUAACGAGAAUAGCAAAAAUGUGGCCAUAAAUUGUUUCAUGACUCCCUGGAUGUAAUAUUGGAAUUUAGACUGUUUCUUGGCUUCUAGUUUUUAGAUGCCAUUAGUAUUUUUUUCCUCCUUAGUUGCCAUGUUGUAUAAUAUUUGGGCAUGGAGGUUGGCAUUCACCGCGUGUAGUUGUAAAUGAUGGUAUUCCUAUGCUGGGGUUUAUCUGCAGAAAUAGGCAGCAGUGUGUCUCCUCAGCGAUGCUUGCAGGCGGGGUUGUACAGAAAGAUGGGAAAUUAAAGAAUAGUAAGAGAAGGGUAAUGGUUGGUUUUGAAUGUCAAUAACAUGUAGAAUAAACUAUAUAGCAACGACAUCAAGAAAAAUAACACGUGCAGGGAAGGCUUAGGCUUUUAGUAUUGUCGUAGAUUCAUUUUGUAACAUAAUUUCCUCUUUGUUUGUUGUUGUUGUAGUGUGUUCGUCAGCAAAAUAUAUAAGUUGUUAUGUUUUUGUUUUGAGA